UAGGUUAGUAUGGAGUAGACUUCGUUUUGAUUUCGAAUGGCAUGACUUUUGCCCACACUCUUUUAGUAGUUUAUUAUAGAACAAUGUCCACCGCGUCAACUGUAUUGAUGCCGCUUGGCGUCCGUGCUAUGAAAAUAUUAGAACGUGAAAAAUUCACUCGUAAGAUCCAAACGCCCGUAUUGAAAGUUCCAGCAGAGAAGUUGUCAAAAAUCACACCAAAUUGCAAGGAUUACUUCCUUAAGUUAGAGAACUUUAAACCUGUUCAGAAUGACAGUGAUAACAAGCUAAAAUGCAUCUACUUUAACCCUGAUAAAAUCAAUUUGUAUACCGACAUAUCUGAAAGUCAUCGCCAGGGACUUUUAGAAGUUGGAAUCACUGAAACUAACUUUGAGUUGAAAGAUGUUCAGCUGUCUUAUGAGAACUGGUCAUAUGGAACAAUCUUCAAGGCUGUGCUGCCAGAAAACGAAGAUAUAGUCAGCGGUUUCACUCAAGUCGGGCACAUCAUUCAUCUAAACUUGAAGGAUCAUCUAUUGGAGUACCGUUCACUAAUAGGUCAGGUGUUUGUGGACAAGAUCAAGAGUUGCCGGACUGUGGUGAACAAGAGCAGCAUCAUUGACAACACCUACCGUAACUUCAGUAUGGAAGUCAUAGCUGGGGAAGAAGAUUUCAUUGUGACUGUUAAAGAAAACCAGUGCAACUUUCUGUUUAACUUUUCUAAAGUUUAUUGGAAUUCGCGUCUUGGACAAGAACAUGAGAGGAUCCUUGGUUUUUUAAGGCCGGGAGAUGUGUUGUUUGAUGUUUUUUGUGGCGUAGGCCCAUUUGCCAUACCGGGGUAAAGAAGAAGUGCAAAGUAUUUGCUAAUGAUUUAAACCCGGACUCCUUUAAAUGGUUAAACCAAAAUGCCAAGCUGAAUAAACUUAACACGAGUCUUUUUAAGUCAUUUAAUAUGGACGGGAAGGAUUUUAUUUUAAAUAAUU